AUGGCACGACAAGGCCGCAGCAGCUCGCCACGCUCGGGGCACGGAAUCGCCUGUAGUCUGCUCUUGCUGGGUGCUCUGCAGGGCGUGCCCUUCGUGGGGCGUGCCCCGUUUCACGAGUCGCUGGCCGCACAGGGCACGCUGCUACGAGCAGCGGAUCAGGAGGUAGAAGCACUUCUUGCACAAGCCAAGGCCUUAAGGGAAGAGGCUGAGCGCGACGAGGCGGCCAUCCGCGCGGCGCGGGAAGCGGAAGAGGCCGAGGCGGCCGCCCAGGCAGCUGAGGCUGCCGCCGCUGCCCAGGACCUCGCUGCGCUGCAGGCUGCCGCGCAGCGGGCCACCGAGCUGGCGGAAGCUGCCACAGACCCGGUGGCACAGGCGAGGGCGGCGGUGAAAGCGGCGAAGGCCAAGUUGGACAUUGCCAAGUUGGAGGCCGCAGGGGUCAAAGCUGCUCCUUCCGCGCCGCCGAGCGCAGGUGCCAAUCCGUCAGGGAGAUUGGAGGAUGUGAAGUUGAACUUCUCUGGGACCGUGAUGACCCAGGCAGAGUGGGAAGAUCUCUCGGAGAAGUUCAAGGGAGCUCAGCGCGUGAUGCAGGACAUGAACCUCAUCGAGCAGUUUCAGACGAACUCGAAAGUGGGACCACAGGUGAGCUUCGCAGCGAGGGGCGGAAUGGUGAGCUUCCUAUGCGUCACGGGGACAGUCGUGGAGGCUUCCGGCAAGAACAAGCUCCGCCAAGAAACAGGUCCACGUGGUGGAGAGGUGGCGAAGGUUUGCGAUUGUUGGGUUCGGUUGGACAAGAGCGACCCUGGUAACAGUGGUUUUUGAUCAGCGGCUGGGCGGCUGUGUCGGUGCUCAGGGCAUGCGGCAUGAAAUGACACCCAACCUUCAGAGCCCGUGACAUGCAUUGAUGUGCCUCGCUUGUUUCACAGGUCCAAGCGUUUUGCCUGUCUCAUGAACUGGGAAAGCUAUCAGAAGCC